AAUUCGUGGUGCUAAUUCUCAACCUCUGGAUGUCAGCAAACAGAGGGGGAGGGGAGCUGCUGAUGGCUGUCAAUGUAAUCAUAUCUAUGGGUCGAUUGUUUUUUUCCCCCUAGAAUUCAUAGUUCUGUUUAUUCUUCAACAAGUUUCCUUCAAACGUUUGAGUGGUCCAGAUGUCUACACCUACAGACCCGUCUGGUGGAAUGUCCCACCCUGGUCUUUCUCCAGGGCCAGGUCUGUCUCCUGGGCCUAUUUUAGGUCCCAGCCCUGGACCGGGUCCUUCUCCAGGGUCAGUCCACAGCAUGAUGGGGCCAAGUCCCGGGCCACCCAGUGUUGCACACAACAUGCCAAACCAAGGAUCUGGAGAUUAUCCACAAGAUAGCAUGCACCAGAUGCACAAGCUGAUGGAAGGUAUGCACGACAAGGGAAUGGGGGAAGAAAUGCAUUUUGGCCAGAUGAAGGGAAUGGGAAUGAGAUCCCUUCAUGCUGGAAUGGGCCCACCACAGAGUCCUAUGGAUCAGCAUAGCCAGGGUUACUUGUCCCCUCACCCAUCACCCAUGGGUGUUCCUGAACAUGCUCCCAGUCCAAUGUCAGGAGGUGGCCCCACACCCCCCCAGAUGACUCCCACCCAAACAGGCCCAAUGAUGCCUGUGGACCCCCAGGUGAUGGCUCAGCAGCAGAGUCGCAGCGCUUCUCCUUUCAGUUCGGUUCAGCUGCAGCAGCUUCGGGCUCAGAUCCUGGCUUAUAAAAUCCUUGGCAGGGGGCAGCCGUUACCAGAAAACCUGCAGCUUGCAGUACAGGGAAAGAGAACACUGCCUGUGAUGCAACCGCAACAAGUUAGUUCUCCAUAUAAUAGGCCACCUGGUAUGGGUAUGCACCCUAUGAGUGUGCCUCAAGCAGGACCAUCUUCAGCACAAGGGAUGCCAGGACAUGUUCCUAAUAUGGGUCCUAAGCCAUGGCCAGAAGGCCAGAGUGGCGAUGUCCCUAGUACUCCUCAGAAGCUUCCAGUGCCGGCAACAAGUGGAAGGCCUUCUCCUGCACCCCCGCAGGCUCCUAGCUCUGCUGCAGCUAUGCCAGGAACCUCACUGCCCCAGCAGCCUCCUGGCCAGCCAUCUUCCACUAUUCAACUCCAGCAAAAACAGAACCGGAUAACACCCAUUCAGAAACCACAGGGGCUGGACCCUGUGGAGAUACUUCAAGAACGGGAGUACAGGCUUCAAGCUCGGAUUGCUCAUAGAAUUCAAGAGCUUGAGAACUUACCUGGUUCCUUGCCACCGGAUUUGCGAACAAAAGCUACUGUAGAAUUGAAGGCCUUAAGACUUUUGAAUUUCCAGCGCCAGUUGCGGCAAGAGGUGGUAGUAUGCAUGCGACGGGACACUACCUUGGAGACAGCCCUGAACUCAAAGGCAUACAAGCGGAGUAAGCGCCAGACUUUAAGAGAGGCCCGUAUGACAGAAAAGCUGGAGAAACAGCAGAAGAUUGAACAGGAGAGAAAACGCAGACAGAAGCACCAGGAAUACCUAAACAGCAUACUGCAGCAUGCAAAAGAUUUUAAAGAAUAUCACCGUUCUGUUACGGGCAAAAUUCAGAAACUUUCCAAAGCCAUUGCUACCUGGCAUACCAACACAGAGAGAGAACAGAAGAAGGAAACUGAGCGGAUUGAGAAAGAAAGAAUGAGGAGACUGAUGGCGGAAGAUGAAGAAGGGUACCGUAAACUGAUUGACCAGAAGAAGGAUAAGCGCCUUGCAUACCUGCUACAACAGACUGAUGAAUACGUGGCUAACCUGACUGACCUGGUCUAUGAGCACAAGGCAGCCCAGGCUGCCAAAGAGAAGAAGAAGAAGAAAAAAAAGAAGAAAGUAGAGGACAUUGGAGAAGGAAUGGAUACUAGCCUGGGCCCUGAUGGAGAGCCAAUAGAUGAAAGCAGUCAGAUGAGUGAACUUCCAGUUAAAGUUAUUCAAACGGAAACUGGCAAAGUCUUACAAGGAACAGAUGCACCAAAAUCCAGUCAACUGGAAGCCUGGCUAGAAAUGAAUCCUGGCUAUGAAGUUGCCCCUCGUUCAGACAGUGAAGAAAGUGAAUCGGAAUAUGAGGAAGAGGAUGAUGAAGGAGAGCUUUCAAGACCUGAAUCAGAAGAAAGGAAGAUCCUUGAUCCAAACAGUGAUGAGGUUACAGAAAGAGCUACCAGCCAUAUCAUUGAGUCUGCCAAGCAGGAUGUAGAUGACGAAUAUAGAAUGCAGACUGGAGAAAUAUGCAUCCAGUCAUACUAUGGAGUGGCCCAUGCAGUCACAGAAAGGGUGGAAAAACAGUCUUCUCUACUGAUUAAUGGAAGUUUGAAACACUAUCAGGUUCAGGGUUUGGAGUGGAUGGUUUCCUUAUAUAAUAACAAUCUGAAUGGAAUCCUAGCUGAUGAAAUGGGUCUUGGAAAGACCAUUCAGACCAUUGCUCUCAUCACUUACCUGAUGGAACACAAGAGACUCAAUGGGCCCUACCUUAUCAUAGUGCCGCUUUCAACCUUGUCCAACUGGGUGUAUGAACUGGAUAAAUGGUCACCUUCUGUGGUGAAGAUUUCUUAUAAGGGUACACCAGCAAUGCGCCGCUCGCUCCUUGGACAGCUUCGAAGUGGAAAGUUCAAUGUUCUUCUGACCACAUACGAGUACGUCAUAAAGGAUAAACAGAUUCUUGCUAAGAUCCGCUGGAAGUACAUGAUUGUAGACGAGGGACAUCGCAUGAAGAAUCACCACUGUAAGCUAACUCAAGUGCUCAACACCCAUUACGUCGCCCCUAGAAGACUCCUCCUGACAGGAACUCCACUUCAGAAUAAACUCCCCGAACUCUGGGCUCUGCUGAACUUCCUGUUGCCCACCAUCUUCAAGAGCUGUAGCACUUUCGAACAGUGGUUCAACGCCCCCUUCGCCAUGACUGGAGAACGGGUUGAUUUGAAUGAGGAGGAGACUAUUCUGAUUAUCCGACGUCUGCACAAAGUUCUGAGACCCUUCCUUCUGAGGAGACUGAAAAAGGAAGUCGAAUCGCAGUUACCUGAAAAGGUGGAGUAUGUGAUCAAAUGUGACAUGUCAGCUAUACAGAAGGUUCUGUACCGGCAUAUGCAAGCCAAAGGCAUCCUGCUCACAGAUGGCUCAGAGAAAGACAAAAAGGGUAAAGGAGGAGCCAAGACCCUUAUGAACACCAUCAUGCAACUGAAGAAGAUUUGUAACCACCCCUAUAUGUUCCAGCAUAUUGAGGAAUCAUUUGCAGAACACCUGGGCUACCCGAAUGGUAUCAUCAGUGGACCUGACCUGUUUCGAGCCUCUGGCAAGUUUGAGGUACUGGAUCGCAUUCUGCCAAAACUGAGAGUAACAAACCACAGAGUUCUUCUCUUCUGCCAAAUGACUACCCUGAUGACCAUUAUGGAAGACUAUUUUGCUUACCGCAACUUUCUCUACCUGCGCCUGGAUGGUACAACAAAAUCAGAGGAUCGUGCUGCUCUGCUGAAGAAGUUCAAUUGUCCAGGCUCUCAAUACUUUAUUUUCCUGUUAAGUACAAGAGCUGGUGGCCUUGGUUUAAAUCUUCAGGCUGCUGACACUGUUGUUAUUUUUGACAGCGACUGGAACCCACAUCAGGACUUGCAAGCCCAGGACAGGGCUCACCGCAUUGGACAGCAGAACGAGGUGCGGGUUCUGCGUCUCUGUACUGUAAAUAGUGUGGAGGAGAAGAUCUUGGCUGCUGCCAAGUAUAAGCUCAAUGUCGAUCAGAAGGUUAUUCAGGCAGGAAUGUUUGACCAGAAAUCUUCGAGUCACGAGCGAAGGGCCUUUCUGCAAGCUAUUAUGGAACACGAGGAACAAAAUGAGAUGAAGGACGAAGACAGCGUCCGGACAGCAAUGGAAGAAGAUGAGGUUCCCGAUGAGGAGACCCUCAAUCAGAUGAUUGCUCGAAAUGAGGAAGAGUUUGACCUCUUCAUGCGUAUGGAUCUGGAUCGUCGUCGUGAAGAGGCACGCAGUCACAAGCGAAAGCCCCGCCUGAUGGAGGAGGAUGAGCUGCCAUCUUGGAUUAUUAAGGAUGAUGCUGAGGUGGAGAGACUGACAUGUGAAGAGGAAGCAGAUAAGAUAUUUGGGAGGGGCUCUCGUGGCCGCAGAGAUGUGGAUUACAGUGAUGCACUCACUGAGAAGCAGUGGCUAAGGGCUGUUGAGGACGGGAACUUGGAGGAAAUGGAAGAGGAAAUCCGGCUUAAGAAACGCAAGCGUAGACGACAUGUUGAUAAAGAUCCUGGAAAGGAGGAAGGCGAAAAACUGAAGAAGAGGCGAGGUAGACCUCCAGCAGAAAAGCUCUCUCCAAACCCACCUAAACUGACGAAGCAGAUGAAUGCCAUUGUUGAUACUGUAAUAAAUUACAAGGAUGGAGCGAAUCGCCAGCUAAGCGAUGUUUUUUACCAGCUCCCAUCUAGAAAAGAACUCCCUGAAUAUUACGAGUUGAUCAGAAAACCUGUAGACUUCAAAAAGAUAAAGGAAAGAGUUCGUAACCACAAAUACCGGAGUGUAGGGGAUCUGGAGAAGGAUAUCAUGCUUCUGUGUCACAAUGCUCAGACUUUCAAUUUGGAGGGAUCACAGAUAUAUGAGGAUUCCAUUGUUCUUCAGUCUGUGUUCAAGAGCGCCCGACAGAAGAUUGCUAAAGAAGAUGAGAGUGAUGAAGAAAGUGUUGACGACGAGGAUGAGGAAGAUGAGGAAUCUGAAUCCGAGUCCAAAGCAGUUAAGGUAAAAAUCAAGCUUGGUAAGAAAGAAGAGAAGAGGCACGACAAAGGCAAGAAGCGACAAAGCAGAAUAAAAGCAAAACCAGUUGUGAGCGACGAUGAGAGCGAGGAAGAGCAAGACGAUAAUGACCAAUCAGAAGGAAGUGGGAGUGACGAUGAGUGAUCAAAGGAAGAGCUGUUCUGAGAUUCAACAGAUGUGCUUUAUUCUUUAUUUCGUUCAUUUUUGUUACACAGAUGUGUAUGACCCCCAUGCCCCCGUCUCUAAUCUUAGGUAGUUAUAGGCUUGAUCCAAACCAUUGUUAUCUUAAUGUUGAAAUCAGUGUUUUAGUUAGAGACCAACUUGGUCUCCAAGACAAGCUGUUUCAUUGUGCACCUUGUGCAUGUUACCCAUGAUAAGUCAUGGGACUAACUAUAUUACAUUGUGCUUGUAUAUACUCUUGACUUAUGCAAGGAAAAAAAAAUAUUGGUAAAUUAAGCUUAAAUUAGCAAAUCCAAAUGUAAGCUUGUUCAACAAAAGAAUGUUAUAAAGCUGUACAAAGACAAGAGUGAGACUCCAAUCGGGUAAAAUAAAGCUGUGUCCUUGUGGGAUUGUGGUCGUUAUGGAAAAAAGCGGUUUGUCAUGUAUAUUCAAGUAGUAGUUUCUUUUCAGUUUAUCCUGAGAUUACACUGUGGGUCUGAAUACAUUGACAUAAAAUAUAAAUCCAGCUUUACCCAGGCUUUAUGAAGUUAAUAAAAAUUUGUAUGGGUCAUAUUUUUUAGUUAUACUGUAACUAGUUUCAGUUUCUGUAAACCCCUUUUGUUAUCUGCAGCCUGUUUUUAUUUUUGAGUUAAGCUUAUCAUCUGCUUUUCCCAAACAUUUCAGCAUUUUGAAAACAGUCUACCCAGCCCGUCUAACAGUCGUUUCUUAUCCUUCUACAUCUUUAAACCCAAAACCCCAAAUACCCAGAUGGAAUUUAGUUUUAUUUACUUUACUGCAAAAUAUUAUCUUAAUGAGAGUACGGUGCAGAAAAAGCACCAUAUGAAUCUGUUCUGUGUCUAUUAAGACUAGUUACAUUGCCGGGUAAGGCAUAAACAGUAUAAUGUGGCCACUAGUGAUUGUAUGUUCUUGUUUGGCCAUACAGCUAUUGAUAUUUUUAUACUCUGGUUAAACAUAUGACUUUGUUAAAUGUUUGGAUUAAAAUAUAUUUGCCUUCAUCAUAUAUUUGCUUUGUGCUUGUUGAGCUGAGUAACAUGCUUUAAAUGGCUUUUGUUUCUGGAUUUUUAAUGCUAAUGACAACUAUCUCUUUGUUUUCUCCCUCUGUGUGUGUGUGCGUGUGUGUGUGGUUGCGUGCAUGUGUGCGUGCAUGUGUGUGUGGUUGCGUGUGCGUGUGUGUGCGUGCAUGUGUGUGUGCGCGUGCGUGCGUGUGUAAAUGUUACUCUAAAAUGGUGCAUCUUGUUUGAUGUACUGUUAAAGGUGACCCCCCUGUGUGAUCAGUGUUGGUUAUCACCCUACCCUAAAGUGUACUUACUCUUUGCUUUCUUUGCACAAUGUCUUUGGUUGUAACUCAUAGCCCAAGGCAAAUAAAACUCCAUAAUUUUGA